UCUCAUAAACAUAAACCUCACUACGAUUCGGGUUAGCUAGUCGGCUGUUACUGCUCCCGUAAUUUAAUUAAAUUACUGCUCGUCAUUAAAACCCCCAUAGUUAAGGUGACGCCUGGACACUUUGCGUUUGUACGGUGGCGAAUAAAGGUCUGGACCAGUGGUCGAGUACCCUCUUCCCUCCCCUCGUAAUUGCUAGAAAUCACGAUAAUCACGAUAACCUCAAUCGAACUAAUCUACGUGGCGAUAGAUAGAGCAAGCGGAUAAAUAGUAAACAAGACUGACUAAGACACAAGGAUUUGAAACAGAAAGCAUAUAAAUUAAUUCCCUUGAAAAACCUGAUAUAACAAUUAGAAACGACACUGCUUAUUUUUAAAACAUCAAGUGUAAUAAAAAUAGUUCAUCAUGGAAUCAUCUUGGUGAAGUUUGAUUAGGUUAAGUACAACCUCCAAAAAGAAACCACUGCAUACUCAUCAAGGCAUCACAUCAGUACGACGCAGAUUAUUGCAUCAUCUUUCGAUAUAUAUCCAGUCAAAUAGAACCUUUUUCUCACAACCGCUGAAUACAUCACUUUUCAACCCAAUUUCAUCAUCUGACCUUCAUUUAUAAUGGCAACCGCAAGUAUUUUUACCAAUGAUGCAAAUUCGCCUACUUCUUUCACCCCCACUUCCUGGCAGAAUGCAAGAAGAACGAACGUCGUCGUCGGGGGAGAUAGUCUCGGGAAACGUUCCGACUCCCAAACGCGACAGGAUUCCUACUUUUCUCUCUCGGGGGACGAGUCGUCCAGCGACGGUUUCUUGCGACGUGUGGAAAGGAGAAACAAUAAUCUACAGGAUCUCAAUAGCGUUAAUAAUAGCAGAAAGCUUGGGGACAAUGGUAAUUGUGGAGUUCAAUCCAAAACGUUUCCAGGAGUAUCCCUCCUCGCUGGAAAGUACCUCCUCUUCCCUGAGGCGCCCUUGGUGGGGUCAAUGCCAAGAAGAGUGGGGUCCGCUCCUAAGGCUGAAAUGACUUGUUUGAAUAUACAAACAAAGGAACAAUUUUCUUGCAAGGUUGUUCAAAGAAACCCAGCAGGCCUUAGCAUGCUAGCUGCCUAUUAUCGACUUGACGACUCGACAGAUUUCGUGAGCCAAGUCAUUGAAGCCAUCUUGACACCCAAAAUUCUCUAUCUAAUCAUGCCAAAGCAUUAUGGUAAUGUCCAUUCGUACCUGUUGGAAAGACGAACCCUCGAAGAGGCAGAGGCAGCAAAUCUCUUUAAGCAAAUGGUGGAAAUAGUCCAGCACUGCCAUUCUAAAGGCGUAGUCCUUAGGGAUAUCAAAAUGGGCAAAUUUGUUUUUGUCGACAAAUCCAAGACCAAGGUGAAGUUAGAGUCGCUUGAGGAUUCGUGGAUACUCGUGGAUCCAUGCAAUGAUCAAUUGGACGAUAAACAUGGAUGUCCUAAUUACGUUAGUCCCGAAAAGGCGGAAACUCUUCAAACGAAGCUCAGAUACCCUGGAAAAGCGUCAGAUGUGUGGUGUCUAGGUGUUAUUCUUUACACCAUGUUGACCGGGAGAUACCCUUUCAAUGACCAAAAUCAAUCCAAGCUUCUCCACAAAAUACGUGUGGGAAAUUUUGCAAUUCCACCUGGCCUCUCUUCAUCAGUAUCACUUCUUAUUAAAACUCUGCUAUUAAAGUCUCCUGCUGAGAGACCCCGAUGCAAUGAGAUUCUAAAAAGUCCAUGGCUGACGAAACAUUGUGUAUCUACUCCAUCCAUGCUUAUCAUCGAAACCAAACCUCUCGGGAAGGAGUCCUGUAUUGACAACAAAACCCAAACACCUCCACCAAUACCCACCGUAUGUAUGCAACUUGAACAACUCACUUCCGACCAAGUUGUUCCAGAUUUUUAAUUUCUCGUCUUGUUAUUAGUCCCUAUAACGUAUUAUAUUCUAUCCGCAUUUUUUGUUAAUUUUUUUCAAAAUUGUUAUACUACCAGUUUGGUAGUACCAAACGGCUUCCAAAUUCAAUUUUAUAAAAAUUAAGAAAUGCAUACAUACUUUGUGUUCAGUUUGCAAGCAAGGUUUCGCGAUAUGUACGUAUGUCAUGUCCUAUAAGUUUUUCUUUGUGAUAUUGAAUUCCGAAAUAAAUUAAGUAUGGCGAAACUAAUAAACAUUAAUAUUCAUUCAUAAA